AUGGAGGCAACUCCCAUGGGCGAAUCAAUCAAGAUAUCGUGUGAGCGAUGUCGCCGUCGCAAGAUAAAAUGUGACCGCAAACGCCCCUGUUCGCGAUGUAUCAAGGCAGGCACGGAAUGUGUGCUGCAAGGAACCGGCGAGAAGCAAAGGCCAGUCUCGAAAAGCUACGUACAGGCUCUAGAGGGCCAAAUCAAUGCAUUGGAGCAAGUGAUUCGCAAGUUGGCCGUUGCAGAUGACACGGAAAAAGACGAGAUUCUCUCAGGGUUAUCUCUAAGCUCGUCGCCCGAGGGCGGCACAUUGCUUGACGAAAAGACUCAGCCAAACACGACGAUUGGUGACCAUGGAGUUGCUGUUGCGCGGUUGCGCGCUGGCCAGUUGAGACGACCGCGAGCUGGCAACGCGGUGCAGUUCUUUGGUGGAACGAGUUCGUUUCAAAUUCACUUCUCUAGAGACGAAACGCAAGUGACGACGUGUCCUGCCUCAGCCAACGGCCAAAUCAGUUCGACGCCAGGAACAAAAGAUUUCACAUUCGAGGAGUCGAGUUCGACCGGUGGCAGCUUUCAAUAUGCGCCUCACGACCAGACUUCUCAAACCUUGAUGGCCGCCUUCUUCACGGAGCAGUAUCAGUAUAACAUGGUGGUUUACCGGGAAUACUUCUUGAGAGAUUACGACGUAGGCUCGGGGAGAUACUACUCCGACUUGCUUCUCUACUCGAUGUGUUCGCUGUCAGCUCUUCUUUAUGAUGACUUCUUUAAACUAUCUGACGUGUUUUCUGGACAGGCGCAAGCGCUGCUUUUUGCAACCCUAGAUAAGCCCGACCUCACCACGCUCCAGGCCCUUAUUUUGCUAGGGCAUCGCGAAAUCGCUGUCGGGCAGACAUCUAAAGGAUGGCUCUUCUGCGGCAUGGCCUUUCGGCUUGCUCACGAGAUGGGGCUGCAUCUGGACCCAAGUAACUGGGAUGGCUCCUCGAGUUUGUUCCGUGAUAGAGAGAUCCUCCGGAGAGUGUAUUGGGGAAUCUUCAUAGCCGAUAAACAGCUGAGCUUGUACUUCGGACGACCUCCAGCUCUCUAUCCCAGCGAGUCGGAUGUGCGAAACACCAUCAGGCUUCAGUAUCCUCAUGACUGGCAAAAUCUGCUGGAAACAUACAUUUGUAGUGGUGCCACGGUAUCAGACUACGAAAACGAUGUGGCACUUGUUGGUUCCUUUAUAUACCAGGCGGAACUUUGCAAGAUUAUUCACAUCAUGAUUGCAGAUCUUUUUGAGAAUCGGCGGGGGGAUAUUGGUCCAGCCAUUGCAGCAGCCAAGUCGCGCAAGAUCCACGUUUCACUGACAAAAUGGCUUGCUAGCUUGCCAGGGACACUGCACUGGAAUCAGUGGACAGUAGGACAGGUGCCGUCGCCUGUACUUCACCUGCACAUGUUGUUUCACACCGUCAUGAUCAUCCUCCACCGACCACCGUCAAACAUGUUCGAAAAGCCUGGAAUAUCAGAAAGCGAAGAUGUUGAAAUCUGUUACGAGUCAUUGCAGGCCAUCCUGCGCCUCAUGCGGAGCUACUCUCGCUAUUAUCGGUACAGAUCUCUGCCACUGGAUUUUGCACAAACGCUUUCCACGGCAAUAGGAGCCGUCAUGAUGAAGCGGUUCUUUCAAGAAUCAUCGUGGGAUGACCCUGAGAUUGAACGCUCGUUAUCCCUGCUGACAGAGGCCAUGGACGAGAUUCAAAACAGCCUGCCGUGCGUCAAGGAGAUUCGCGAUUGCGUGGCUGUGGCGAGGAAGCGUCGCGAAACAACAUUGCCUCCCGACAUACCUCUCAACGCGCCAGACUUGAUGACUGGACUUGAGCUUGGCGGUGCUGACGCCUCGGCGGAGUUUUUGGCUAGUUUUGAUGACGACCUCGGCACAUUGAUCACCGACGAGUUUUUGAGUGGUCAACUCCCGUUCUCUGAGCCGUUUGACUUUAACAACCCGUAA